AUGGAAAAAAAAAAAGAUAAAUAAGAAAUAAAAGAUUCAUAAAGGUAAAAUCAAUAGUAUAAAAAUUCUCGAGGCACGAAUCUUAAAAUAAAAUAUUUAGAAAAAAAAAUAAUAAGAAACGAAUAAGAUAAUAACUUCAAUUUAUAAACAUGCUUCAAACAUUAAAACAUUCCUCAAAUAGAAGGCUAUGAAAGAAAUUCUGAAGAUUAUUAUUAUGAUAGUUAUUCACAUUUUAAUAUCCAUGAAGAAAUGUUAAAAGAUAAAGUAAGAACAAGAUGUUAUAUGAAUUCCAUAAUAAAAAACAAACAUUUAUUUGAAAAUAAAAUUGUAUUAGAUAUAGGUUGUGGGACAGGAAUUUUAAGUAUUUUUGCUGCCCAAGCAGGUGCUAAGCAUGUUUAUGGAGUCGAAAAUGCAAACAUAGCUAAACAUGCAAGAAAAAUAAUCGAAAAAAAUAAUUUAAAUCAUAAAAUUACUAUAAUUUAAGGUAAAAUAGAAGAAGUAGAAUUACCUGUACAAAAAGUAGAUAUUAUAAUUUCUGAAUGGAUUGGAUAUUUUCUUUUAUAUGAAUCUAUGUUAGAUUGUAUAUUAGAUGCCAGAGAUAAAUAUUUAAACUAAAACGGUCUUAUGUUUCCUGAUAAAGCAAUUAUGUGUGUUUCUAGUUUUUAAGACGAUAGUUUAUAUGAAUAAAGGUUUAAUUUUUGGAAUAAUGUAUAUAAUGUGGAUAUGUCUUGUAUUAAAUAAUGGGUUUUUAAAGAACCUUUAGUUGAAAUAAUAGAAGAACAAUGCAUAAAUAGUAGUUAAUGUGAUUUCAAAGAAUUUGAUUUAUAUACAGUAAAGAAAUCUGAUUUAGAUUUUGUUUCUAAUUAUUCUAUAAAUAUUAGAAAUGAUUCAUUUGUAUAAGGAUUAGUAGUUUGGUGGGAAGUCCAUUUUUAACACGGACAUACUCCAUUAAAAAUAUCUAGUAGUCCUUUCAAUACAGUAACACAUUGGAAGCAAACAAUAUUUUUUAUUAAUGAAGAAAAGAACUUUCUUUAAGUUUUUAAAGGAAAUAUUUUAAAAGGAAAAAUUGCAGUAUAAAAAAAUGAAAAUAAUAUCAGAGAUUUAGAUAUAAAAAUUUAAUUUAAAUUAAAUAAUUAAUAUAUUGAAUAUGAUAAAUCAUUUGUAUAUAAAUUGAAUUGAGUUAUUUAUUUUUAAAUAAAAAAAAAUUUUCAUUCUUAUUUUUUUCGGGUUUUUUUUACCAUUAAUAAGGCCAAUGUACUCUAUAUUUCUCUUCCAUUACUUAAGCAGGUUUCGGACAUUCUAAAUAAGGAUCUUCUUUUAAUUAUUUUUAAGUUGGUUUUUCAUCUAAAUAAUAAGAUCUAUUAUAUUUAAAUACUGUUGGACUUCUAUUUAUUUAAUAUUUUUUAUCAUAUUAAUCAUAUAUUUCAAAAGGCCCAAAUUUAUUAAGUAUUUUUUAUUCAUAUGCAAUAUC